AUGUCAAGAAGAACUAAAAAGGUCGGAUUAACGGGAAAAUACGGGACAAGGUACGGGUCCUCCCUCCGUAAGCAAAUGAAAAAAAUAGAACUAAUGCAGCAUGCGAAAUAUUUAUGCUCCUUCUGCGGAAAGACUGCUACUAAAAGGACGUGCGUUGGUAUAUGGCAGUGUAAGAAAUGCAAAAGAAAAGUAUGUGGAGGCGCGUGGAGUUUGACGACCCCAGCAGCACUUGCAGCAAAGUCGACAAUUAUCAGACUGAGAAAACAGAAAGAAGAGGCACAGAAAUCUUGA